GCUGCCUAAGGAGGGACUUCAAUUCCCAGAGUGCAGUGCGAAGAAGUCGUUUCCAAAUAAAUGGAUAAUGGGCGAAUCAUAGGAACUGAAAGAAAGAGGCGGAACCUCUGCUACGGCAGCCGCGAAGAGACUAAAGAGGCGGGGCGGCGUACGGUGGCCGAGGGGACGAUAGAGGCAGCUGAAUCCGUAGCAGGAUGGAGUCGAUGGUGUUCAUUUUUUCGCUCAUUGAUUGCUGCGCCCUGAUUUUCCUCUCUGUUUACUUUAUAAUUACACUAUCAGAUUUGGAAUGUGACUACAUUAAUGCCAGAUCUUGCUGCUCAAAACUAAACAAAUGGGUGAUCCCUGAACUGAUUGGCCAUACCAUUGUCACUGUAUUAAUGCUUAUUUCACUGCACUGGUUCAUCUUCCUCCUCAAUUUACCUGUAGCAACUUGGAAUAUAUAUAGGUAUGUCAUGGUUCCCAGUGGAAAUAUGGGAGUAUUUGACCCUACAGAGAUCCACAAUAGAGGGCAGCUAAAAUCGCACAUGAAGGAGGCCAUGAUUAAGCUUGGUUUUCAUCUCCUGUGUUUCUUCAUGUACCUUUACAGUAUGAUCCUGGCUUUAAUAAAUGACUGAAAUUGAACUGGCAGUAUUAUGAUUGCCAAAUUCUGAUGUUACUCCAUCGAAAUAUUAUGAAGCCAUGAACAACUUUCAAGAAAAUCUAGACCAGUGUCAUGCAGUAUAUUUUUUCCUCCUUGAACAAAACAUAUUUUUGCUGUAUUUUUAACAUAAAAUAUUUUAGAAACUACAA